AGAAACGGAGCCGGAUGCAGAGUUACAGAAAAGAGGAAAGACGAUUUGUUUUGGAACCGAGUUACAGCUUUGGAUCUGAAAUGUUUUUAUCAAACGUUUAGCUCGUUCUGGUUGUUGUGUGUUGCCACCGGGAGAAUGCGACGUUCAGGAGCUCCCAGUCAGCUCUUGGGAAAUGCAGUGAAAAAGCCUCGAUUUGUGCCACCUGGAGCAUCUACAUCCUUUCCGGUGGCUGAAUCCAAGCCUCUGGCCUCUAAACCAGGCAUGGUCAAUGCACUCCAUAAGGUCCAGAGAAGUCUUGCAGCCCCAGCUGUCAGUAAAGCACCAUGCAGUGACCAGUCCAGUGCUGCUCCAGCCUUGUCCCGGGCACUGGCUCGUGUUCUAGGUGCGACAGAGAGUAAGGAAAAUGAGGCAGCGGCAAAAUGUCAGUCAGGAGACUGUGCAGAGGACGAAAAAACAACAGGAGAAGAAGACGGCCCUCAGACAACCCCCUGGUCUCCUCAGACCCCUCGGCCUCCUGCAGGAUCGGCCUGCGAUUCUGGCGGCAGUCAGGACGGAGCGCGUUACUUCAGCGUGGUGUGGUGUAAGGCCAGUAAGAAGAAACAUAAGCGGUGGGAAGGUGAUGCAGUGCUGAUUACAAGAGGACGCACAGUCACGCUGAAAGACAUGGAGGGGAAGGAUAUUGGAAAGGGUAGCGGCUACAAGGUGUCGGAGCUGGCCUCGCUGUCUGAGGGGGAGACUCUGAUGAUCGGGGGGAAGCAGGUGGAGGUGAUGGGGAUCAUUUCUUCUGAGGACUUUGCCAGUGGCCGUUGUUUCCAGGAGGUCCAAACUGAACAAAAUGAGCUGCACGUGAAGUCUGCCCCGCCUCCCUGUCGCCCCCCGGCGUCCAAACCUUUCUGUCCCCCAACGAUGCUGGGGAGGGCGGAGCCUCGAGUAACUCGACGAGACGAUGAACAAACCUGCAGACCUCGACAUGACCCGCUAGCUCCAGGUGCGCUGGUGAUGCCGCGCCCCUCUCCCAACCAUCAGUGGAUCAACAACAAGUCGGGUCUUCCUGUGGUUGAUGUCGUGGUCGACCCGUACCUGACCACACACCUGCGACCCCACCAGAGAGACGGCUUGCUCUUCCUCUAUGAGUGUGUCAUGGGCAUGCGAGCGGCAGGACGCUACGGCGCCAUCCUGGCCGAUGAAAUGGGUCUGGGGAAGACGCUCCAGAGCGUGGCCCUGUCCUGGACGUUGCUCAAGCAGGGACCGUACGGUGGAAGACCGGUAGCUAAACGUGUCCUGGUGGUGACGCCCGGCAGCCUGGUGCAGAACUGGGGAGCAGAGUUUAACAAGUGGCUGGGCUGUGAAAGAAUCAGUGUUUUUACCGUGGAUCAGGACCACAGGAUAGAGCAGUUCGUGUUGUCCCCUCUUCACAGCGUUCUUGUGAUCAGCUAUGAAAUGCUGCUGCGCUGCCUGGAGCAGGUACAGAAGGUGGAGUUUGGGCUUGUAAUUUGUGAUGAGGGCCACAGGUUGAAGAACAGCAGCAUCAAAACCUCUUCAGCCCUCAGCAGCCUCAGCUGCACUCGCAGAGUCAUUCUCACAGGCACGCCGGUACAGAAUGACCUGCAAGAGUUCUACGCUAUCAUAGAGUUUGUUAAUCCAGGGAUUCUCGGGUCGUCGACUGCUUACAGGAAAGUGUACGAGGAACCAAUCCUACGUUCCAGGCAGCCGUCCUGCACGGAGGAGGAGAGAGGUUUGGGAGAGGAGCGAGCUGUCGAACUCUCUCGCCUAACGGGCAUGUUCAUCCUGAGGCGGACGCAGGAGAUCAUCAACCGCUACCUGCCUCCUCGCCUCGACUGGACGCUGUUCUGCCGGCCGGCGCCUCUGCAGCUCGAGCUGUACGGGCACCUCCUCUCGCAUCGAGUGUUCAGAGCCUGCCUUCAGGGCUCCACUCAAGCCCACACACACCUGGCCUGCAUCACCGCGCUGAAGAAGCUGUGCAACCACCCCGGCUUGCUCCACUCCACCGUCAAGGAGAGAACAGACAACGGGUCAGUGGAGAGUUCAAUAUACGAGGGCCUCGUAGAUCUUUUCCCAGAAUCUUAUCAUUCAGGAGGACUCGACUCUGCUGACUCUGGAAAACUGCUGGUCCUUUCAGACCUGCUGACGACCAUUAGACAGCUCAGCCCUUCAGACAGGGUGGUCGUGGUGUCAAACUACACUCAGACACUCGACCUGCUCCAGGACCUGUGUGUACACAUGGGCUUCACCUUCUGCCGGCUAGACGGACAAACACCCACAGGCCAGAGACAGCGGCUGGUUGACGGGUUUAACAGCCCCUACUCUCAGAACUUCCUGUUUCUGCUGAGCUCUAAAGCCGGCGGAGUGGGACUUAAUUUGAUCGGCGCUUCCCACCUGGUGUUGUACGACAUCGACUGGAACCCUGCCAACGACAUCCAGGCCAUGGCACGAGUAUGGAGAGACGGACAGAAAAAGACAGUGCACAUCUACCGUCUUCUCACUGCAGGAACCAUUGAAGAGCGUAUAUUUCAGAGACAGGUGUCCAAACAGGGACUUUCUGGGACAGUGGUUGACUUGGGAAAAGGAGCAGAGCACACGAGUUUCUCCGCCAGUGAGCUGCGAGAUCUUUUCAGCCUAGCGGACACGCCCUCUCUGACUCACGACCUGCUGAACUGCGAUUGCAGCAUGGACGGCACAGUCAACGCCGUCGCAGAGCAGGUGGAGGAGCCGCUCUCUGAUAGGCCGUGCCAACUUGGUCGCCUGGGUGACCGUAAGGGGGGGGCAGCGGCAGCGGCGGCGGCGGCGGCGCAGAAGCAUCUGAGCAUGUCGGAGCUCAUGCAGUGGAGACAUUUCUCCGGUGACACACACACAUUCUCAGACCCUUACCUCGACCGCGCACGGAAACACAUCACCUUCGCCUUCCAGACCACCAUCUCCCACGCAACGCCGUGAACGUCCUCGUCCAAGCCUUGAUAACGCCGUGUGACUAACACCCAACAAGGGCCAGAAACAAGAAUACACUUUUAAAUGAAAUAGCUUGAGAUUCUGUAUCCUUUGUUAUUAUUUUCUUGAUUUAUUCAAGGACAUUUACUGUGAAGGUUAAAAUAAAUAAAUAAAUGGCAUUUAAAGGAACAGUUGUUUGAAGGAAAUGAACAUUUGUUAAUAAUUAACAAAAAAAAACAUUCUUACCGGGGAAAGAUGAGCCAACGAGAUAAGUUAAUGAAUGCGGCAAACUAGAAGUGUAUGUGCCGGGUGUGUUUUUUAUGUGCACUUAUCUGCAGAUAAGACAGUGCAAAAGAGGUAUACAGGUGAAUAGUGAGUGUGUUACCCUGACCUGAAUCCCAGCACAGGAGAAUAAAGACUAUCGAGCGCAGACAUGUUCAGCCUGAAUUGUUGUGGUUAAAUGCCACACGGUCGGUUAUGUAAUGAACUUACACAUUUGCAUAGAGUGACUCUGCUGGGAUCCUAGAAGUGGGCCAUGCUGCGAUCUGCUCAGUCCAUGAUUUUUGGAUAGCACUGCUCUGUUCA